AUGGCGUCGGUGAGUAAUGAAAGUAUAAAAGAGGAAAAGGACAUUAAAGUUAAAGAACAGAGUGAAGUGUCAGAAGAUGCCGUGAGUGAAGUUUUAAAUAUAAUUAAAAAAUAUCCUAAAGGGGCAAGUGACCAUGAAAUUCAAUCCGAGGCUCCAUCGCUAAUACCCGAAGACAGGGUAGCUAUACUUAAUAAACUCUUGUCAACCGGACAUAUAGAUUUAUUUAAUCAAGGAGGAAAACUUAUAUACAAAUUUAAAGAUGUUGCAAAGGGAGAUAGCGUUAAAGGUGCUGAUAAUGAAGAAAAAGUUGUAUAUUCCAUCGUUGAAGCGGCAGGAAAUAAAGGAAUUUGGAUAAGGGACAUACGAUAUCAAUCAAAUUUAUUACCCACACAAUUAAAUAAAAUAUUAAAAGCAUUAGAAAAUAAAAAAUUAAUAAAGGCUGUCAAAUCAGUUUCAGCUAGUAAAAAAAAAGUUUAUAUGCUGUAUAAUUUAGAACCUGAUAAAUCACUUACAGGUGGAGCAUGGUACAGUGAUCAAGAUUUUGAAGCUGAAUUUGUUGGAGUUUUAAGCCAACAAUGUUACAGGUUUUUACAACAAAAACAAGAAAAAUUAAAAGACUUUAAUGGUAGUCCUCGACAAUGGAAAAACAUGUCUUAUGCUUCAUCGAAAGAAGUAUGGAAGUUUAUUUCAGAAUUAGGAAUAUCAAGGGUUAUGCUUUCCGUAGAAGAUAUCGAAACCAUUUUAGAUACAAUCGUGUAUGAUGGAAAAGUAGAAAAAGCUGUAGACGUUGAUUUAACAAAGAUUUAUAGAGCAGUUGAACCAUUAUUACCUGCUCCUGGAAUUGUGCAAACACCUUGCGGAGUUUGUCCUGUUUAUCAAUUUUGUGGUGAUGUCGGAUCUGUGACACCGAAAAAAUGUGAAUACUUGAGAAACUGGCUGGAUUCUUAA